AUGAUUCAACAAAUUCAACACGCCGUCGAAAUUGCCAAUUCGUCUACCACUGACAAUGUGUUGAAACGACAGGCUCUAGACUUUUUGGAAGAAGCCAAGACAAGUGGUUCGGCAGCCCAGGUAUUUGCCUCUCUCUUGCAAGAUGCGGCAAGCACAGAUGUCAGCAAGUUUGUGGCAUUGCAGGUUUUGAGUGAUCUAGUGGUGGCCAGCUCCGGCGAACAGCUGGAAUUCCUAAAAAACACAUGUGUGGAGCUUUUGCGCACCAGAGGGGCAGCGAACAGUAAAGUAGAAGAACCCGAAUACGUCAGGAAUAAGGUUGCAGAAAUGGCAACGCGGCUUUUCUACUGUAUGUACGGCGAGUGCAACAACAAUUUGUGGCCUACGUUUUUCGACGAUCUGCUUCAACUGCUCAGCAUUGAUGGGUUACAAACCGGUACAUCAGCCGAAUUUUCCAGUGUGGGCCUUGAUCUCUUUUUGAAGAUCGCUCUGGCGGUCAAUUCAGAAAUUGCAGAGCAGACCUUCGUGAGAUCUAAAGACAUUCAAUCUAAGAAUAACGACCUCAAAGACACCAUGAGAGUACGAGACGUACAGCUCUUAUCUUCACUUUGGCUGAACACGCUGAAGCUCUUCAAAUUGCAACAAUUUCCAGCUCAGCUUGCUAAUCUUACACUCUCUUGCAUCGGUUCGUACAUUUCUUGGAUAGAAAUUAAUUUGAUUGUGAACCCCGAAUAUAUCAACAUUAUCUUCGAUUUUUUGGACCAACCUACUUCUAAAAUUGCAUGCGCACAGUGCCUGUGCGAAAUCAUUUCCAAGAAAAUGAAAUCAGGAGAUAAACUCGCUUUGUUGAGUAUGCUCAAUUUGACAGAAAAAGUUGUUAGUGUGGGGGACGAUGACCUUGAGGUCCAAGAACAAUUAGCUAACUUGGUUGCAUCCGUUGGUCUCGAAGCUUCGAUAAUUCUGGAUCGGUGCAACGAAGACACAUCAGGACAAGAAUCUCAAGAAAUUGCAAGCGCUGCUGACAGGUUAAUUAUACAUCAAGUUUCUCCAUUGGUGUUGAAAUUUAUGGAGCAUGAAUAUGAUUCAGUCACUCAGCAAUGCUUCCAAUUUAUCUCUCAUUAUCUUCAGUUUCUGAAAAAGUUCUUUGCGUUGGGUGGAAAACCUGGCAGUGCUGUUGCCAUGAAUUCGAAAAGACUUUUGUUAGACUCCGAUCACGAAAACUUCCUGGAUAGUCUAAUAAAAGUAUGCAUGAAGAAAAUGAUGAUAGAUGAGAGCUGUGAUGAGGAUUCAAUAGACGAUAUUGACGAAUUUAACGAGACCAUUAGGUCAAAACUUAAAAUAUUUCAGGAUACCAUAGCGAUAAUAAAUCCGGGAAUUUACCUGAGGAAUGUUGUGGAAAAUGUACAGGGUCUUUUGGGCUCAACCGACUGGAGGCAGCUCGAAUUUGCCCUCUAUCAAAUGCAUAAUUUAGCAGAAAGCAUCCGCAACAAUCUAUUUGGCGUUACAAAGAAGGAAAUAACCUCUUCAGAACCUCACAAUGUCAUGUGUCGCUUCAUGGCGACGUUGCUAGACAGCACCAACAUUUUCAUGGUUCAAAAUGCAUUAGUACAGGUGUCCUUCUUCGAGCUCAUCGUGAGACACCAUUUGUUUUUGCAGGCGUCUUCAAAAGACGAAAUCACUCUUUUGAAUACAUUCUGCAGCGAACUUGGGAUGUUUAGCAGCAAGGAAAGGGUAAGAUUGAGGACAUGGUACCUGUUUACUCGCUUCGUCAAGUUAACUAAACCAAAACUAGCAGCAGAGCCUCUUUCUCAGCUGCUCAUCAAGAUAUCCCAGUUGCUGGUUAUCAAAGCGGUGGAAACAACACAGCAGUCACCAGAGCACAAUGUCACAUUUAACAAUCAACUUUACUUAUUUGAUGGAGUUGGGAUGCUAAUCGGUGCUAGUUCAGACUCGACUUAUAAUUUACUCGACGGUGUUUUGGUUCCCCUCUUUUCCAGCUUGGAGUCCUGCAUCUCAGACCAAACUAAGUCGUCAAAUGGGGUGAUGCAAGCCCAUCAUGUUCUAAUGGCGAUUGGUACUGUAGCCCGAGGCAUUCAUUCCGGGUUGGUGCCAGACAAUCAGGUCAAUAGCACAGAGGUUGCGAGUAAAUUUUUUUCACGAGCGCUGGUUGAAAAGUUCUCGAACGUGGCCGAAGUAAUACUGGUUACGUUCUCUUACUUUAACAAACACGAAGUUAUACGUGAUGCGACUAGGUUCGCUUUUGCGCGUUUGAUCCCGAUUUUAAAUGAGGAGAUUUUGCCAUUCACAAGUCGGUUAAUUGCUAUAUUUUUGACGUCUGAUCUUAAGGUUUUGGAAUUGAACGAUUUCUUGGGAUUUCUGGGUCAGAUUGUACACACUUUUCACAAGAGUGAUGUUUGCUAUCAACUGCUAAACAAUUUACUUUCGCCGGUCAUCGAGAAAGUCUUCAACGCAGUUGCUCAGGAAGAAAGCGAUGCCGAAUCAGUCCAAAGCAGCGUCAUGGCGUCAAGCAUCAUUAAAAAUACAAAUGAAAAAAAUGUUGUAAUAACGGACUCUUUUCGUGACAAGAUCCUUCUGAAAAAGGCAUAUUACAAUUUUUUGCAGUCAUUUGUGACCAAUCACUCCACUUCUCUGUUUUUGACGGAAUCAAACAGGGCUGUGCUACCCAUAGUGCUAGAAGAUCUACUCAGUUACACUCCAGAUGAAAUACAGGAAACCUCGUCGAUGAAACUUGCUCUAAAUGUAUUGGUCAAUUUUGUCAAGUUUUUGGGAACGGGUACGUGCACAGACGCAGAGGAUCCCAAUGCUAACAAUUUUGGAAAACUGGAUGGGCUGGGAGAAUUUUUCAUUGCUAGAAUCAUUCCACUUGUUUUCGAGAUACCAUUCAAACCGGAGUACGGAUUCAACGUCCGAGAUGCCAGCUGCAGAGUAGUUGCGUGCGACCUUUCUAGGUCGUUGAAAGCAUUACACAGAAUUUAUGAGCAGUCAAAUUCAAACCUGUGCAUCAACUACCUGACCGAAAACUAUUUCCCUCAGGUCCAAUUUCCCGAUCAACUAUCAGCCGAGUUUGUCAAUGCAUUGGUGAACAGCGACGACAAAAGCUUCGAAAAGUAUUUUGUGACUUUUAUAUCGAACAUGGUGGGUUAA